AUGGCGACAGGCGCCCCGGCCGCGGAGGCUUCGACUGUGGCGAGGAGGAACCCUGUCUCGCAGUCGCCGAUCCGGCUUUAUGCCGUGCCCGUCGUCUUGUUUACCUUGGGACUCUUCUUCCAGCUCGUCGUCCUGCCAUCCUCCUUCACCACUUCUCACUACGAGGGUGAGCGAGUGAAGAAAAAAAAUAGUCCCAAUUUUCUCUGUCCUCUGAUUCCAUCGUCUUCUCUGUCUUACUCUGUGUGUUUGUUGUCGUGCGCGCUGUUUUCCUUCUCGGGGCUGUCUUCAGUUCUCGGACUGGUGGAAUCGGCAUCUGUCGAUGAAGUUGUAAGCGGCUACGAGAAAUUGUCCUCCAAGUGGUAUGACCCUCCUUGCGUUUCGUCUGCCUCUUUAUGCCCUUCCUCGUUUCCCUGGAGGACUGACAGAUUUUGACUUUUGUGUACGUUUUGAAAUUUACAUUAGUUUUGCAUGAUAAAGGUAGUUCUUACGUAUUUUUCUUCGAAGCUGAUCAUAUCUACUUUUCAAAUCUUUUAGGAGUGCGGGAUUGGAUAUUCCCACGGCAGCCAAUUUCAUCAAGGUUCGAUUUUUUCUUUUUUGUCAUCCUAAAAUUCUCAUUGUUCUUAUGCCACUCUCAGAAGCUGAUCUUAUCAACCUAUUUUAGUGUAGUAAUUUUAUUAUCCACUCCCAUAUCUAGUCGCGUUGUCUCUGUCAUGUGAAAUAUGAAACAGCAUUUUGUGGUUUUUAUCAUCUCCAGGUGUAAUUUGAUCUUCAAGGCAUUUACUUUCAAGCAUAUGUUAAGCAUUUUUUAUCCACCAUGUCCCUUAUAAGCGCCUUCUCUCUUUUAUGCAUAUUCUUUUGGGAUGGUGGUCAGGGGAAAGGCCCUUUCGGUUGUUAUAUUUAUUUCGUUUUCCUUUGAAAGGUACUCACGAGACAACAUUGCAAGUCAAAUGGGAGAUAAAUGAAGAAAAACAUCAUAUAAACAUUAGUAUCCAAAGGUAUGCCUUGCAUCAUCAAGAGAAAACGUGAUGCAGGAAAAGCUCUGAAGAAACAUCUGAGCUGGAAAGUUGAGGAGGGAAGGGCACUGCAUUGGCGUCGUUUUCUACUUUGAUAGAGCCCUGGUGAUGAGAAGUGGCCAUUUAUGACAUGCUAGGAAGUAGUUCAAUGAACAGCAGAGGGGGCAGUUUUUCAGCUCCCAUAAACACUCUCCAUUGAAAGAAAGAUGAUCAAGAGGAUGACUGGAUGAUAGUUGGGAAGAAGAGUGAAAAUGUAAAGGAAGAAAUUUUCAAUGCUCAGGUCUGGAGCUUGUAUGCCACUCAAUCUUUCUCCUUUUCUUGUCUUGUUCUACAUCAAUUGCUUUCAAGUUUAACAUUUGGGGAAAUGUUACAGGAAGCUUGGAACUGUGAAAUAUUCCAACUUCCCACAUAAGGAAGAACUGUAACCAGUGAGAUCUUUUAUAUUCCUUCCAAGAGGCAGUUUUUUUACCAUGGAUCUGUUAAAUAGUUGAAGCAUGGAAUCUACAUGGAGUUUUGAACAAGUGAUGCUGAAUCUGAAUUAUGCCAGAAAAUAGAUGACAUAUCAUUUAUGAUUCACCGUUCAAGUCUGGAAAACUAAGGGCAGUUUGUGGGUGAAAGAGUGAGAGACAUUUAAGCUUGUCUGGCUGCAGAAAAGAGAAUGGAGGAUAGGUCUGUGCAAAGCCUCUUCCAGGAAAUGUAUCGCCUUAAUGGGAACAGUACUACUUAGGCAAGGAAACAUUUUUUGAGUUUGGCUACAAGAUAUUCCUGUUCCUAUCUAGGACGCCUCAAAUUUUCAAAUAUGACUAUAAAUUAAAGAUUAUUGCUGAAAUGCCUCUUAUUAAAUUUGGGAUAUAUAAAGCUCAACCAACUUAGUGCAACUUGUGUGACCCAUUGUGUUUCAAAUGAGUGACUGGAUUUGACCAGUUAGGUUGAUCUUGCUCAAGUUGAUUUCUAAAGGAGAGGAGGUGCACUGUUCCAUUUCUAUUGUAUCAAGCAAUAUACUAGCCUAAAAAACUUGCGACUCAUUUAUAAAUCAUCCUGCGAAAUAAUCCAAAUUGUGGUAGAUCCUAUAGAAGGAGCGGUUUGUUUAAAUAUGUAAAAGGAGUUUUGAUUGGAUCAAUUGAGGAAGCUUAUCUCACCUGAACUUAGAUUUUCUUAAAACGAAAAGAUCAAAUGGUAGAUUGUUGUAUGACAUCUAUCAUUUAUGCCUGAAAAAGUAGAUUCUCACAUACUGACAAGUAAAGAAUGAGAAGCAAAAUAUGUAGAGACUCCACUUCAUAAUGGUUGGAAAUUUUUCACUGAGUUGAAGUGUGUGCACACUUAAAAACAUAAUUCAGUUGGAAAAAUUGAAGAGUACAAUGCUGAUUUUUUUCGAGAAUUUUACACUCUGUGAGGACUCUAAUGAGAUAUAUUGGAAACUGUUGAAUUUCCUUCACUUUCUCUGGAUCCUCAAGGACAAAAACCUUCUCGUGUAGAGAGAGGGAAAGGAACUUCUAUUCAAAAUGAUGGAAAUAUUGUAUUACAUCAGUUCACAACAAAGGUUUGGCAUUUAUAUCAGACCCCUCGUGGAAGGCUGUGGACAUGUGAACCUUAUACACACUAAAAAGAAAACAGACACUAAGAUAGUCAUGUGAGUCACUCAACCAUCAUGUGACACACUAAGGUAGUCACGUGAUUCACUAAGAUAGUCACGUGACACAUAAGGCAAAGUAUUUUAAUAGAAACCAAAGUGAAGUUUAUCAAAAGCUUGUUGUGUCUUGCUAUGCAAUAGUAGUCACUCUUUUAUCAAGUAGAUCUUCACGCUAUAAUUUACUAGAGAGUUACAUUAAGGUUGACAUUAAAAGAGAAGGCUAUUGCUUGGAUGACUGAAACAAUCAUCAUGAACUUUACUUAGUUGUUGUCCAUGUUGUUGAUCAGUAAUACUUGCUACCCAUGUUAGAUGCAAGAGGGUUAUUAGCUGUUCACUUAGAUAUUUAAUAUGUUAUUUGUUUCUAUAUUUAUUCAAUAAAUAGUUGAUUUAUAGUUCUAAGAAGUGAUUAGUCAUUUAGAGAGGAAAGAGUGAUGCAGCCCAUUUGAGAUCUGUAUCAAGUGUUGAAGAAGCACAUAUAGCCUUAUGACUUAUUUAAGUUGGAGUUAAGUCAAUUACAAAAUAAGGCUCAUAUUUUUAUUUUUAGUGUUUCUAUUUUUUACUCCUUUCUAUUCUUAGCUCUUACUAUUUUUAUCAUCUUACUUUUAAUUAUUUCUAUUUUUAGUUAAUUUUUAUUUUUAGACCCUUACUAUUUUCGUUCCCUCUUUUAUUCUUAUUUCAUUUUUAUUCUUAAUCUCUUUUUAUUAUCUUUCUAUUUCUAUCUUCAAAUUUAUUUAAAAUUCAAAUUUUAGUGCCAAAUCAAGAUACUUCAACCUAUUUAAAAGCACCCCAUGUAGCCCAAGAGGCAUUUCAAUUUCAAUCAAUACAUUUUGUGACUUUUUUCUUCUCUGAGGUACUCUUCAUCUGUAGAUGGACUCCAACAUUCUUGUGGACUAAGGGAAUCAUUUUUUAUCCUAUGGACUCAAGGUCAAUCUCUUGUGGAUUCAAGGGACGAAAUCUCUACGUUAUGUGGAUUUAGGACAAAGAGUUUUCAACUAAAUCACGUUCCUUGUGGACUCAAGUUUGUGAUUUUACUUUCAUAAUACUUUGGCAUAGCUGAACCUGAUUCAAUCAUCUGUUCUUCUAGUUUCUGCAGCGUCAAAGAGACAAUAUGUGGUAUGUCGUGUAGAGGGUAAAUACAGAAAAAUGACUCAUGGGCUAAUAAAGUUACUGAGGCUAUCAUUUUUCUUAGGAGAUGUUAGCAUUGAAAUGGUGAGAAUGCUCAAAUCUAUUGUAAUAAUUAAGAAACGAUCAUGUACAAGAUGAUAAGACAUAGAAUAUGGCAAUUGACCCUUUAUUUGAAAAAAAGUUGAAUUAUAGGGAAUUGUCUCUAGUUAUGUUUGGAAGAUAAGGUAGAGGAUAAUGAAUUUUACAAGGAAUAAAUUCAAUCUAAUUUAUCUUUACUCUAGGCAAGCUAAGUGUAGUUAUUAAUCUGUUUUGUUUACCCACAUAUGUAUAAUUAAGACACCAGUUGUACAUGCCUGAUGUAUCUCUUCUCUUUGGUUCUAUUCCCCAUAUCUUUUUCCUCUUCUUUCGACAUUAUAUUAAAUUAUAGGUUUUGUUUAGGCUUGAGCUUUUUAGGAUACAAUGUGCAGUGUUUCCAGUUGUCCAUGCUGCUGAGCCCACAGGCCUAAUAUGUUACUUGCUUGUGAGUUUUUAUGUGGGUGGUUUUUGCUAGCAUAUGGUAGGCCCCACAAAAAGGUCUCUAUUACAUUGGUUGGGAACUGUAUUAGGUGAAUGUGUGAUUUAAAAGCCAGUUUCUUUACAGUAGUUAUUUUAUAGAAGAUAUUCUCAAUUUUCUGUUUUUCAUUAGCAUUUAUUCUAUCGUUUGAUAUUAAAUUGAAUUUAUAUUUUUUCAGACUCCUAUGAUGGGUAGGCAUUGAUUUGUAUUACUUAUUCUCCCUGAUUUUUUAUCUGUUUCAUUUUCAUUAUUAUAUUUAUAAAGUAUUUUAUAUUAGGAAUAUAAUUUUAGUGGUGUCUAGUUAAAAUGAGAAUUAGUUUUUAUUUGUGUGAUACCAGUAGCAUGUUGAAACGUACAUACUUGAUUUUGUUUGAUAAACAGUUAAAACGUUUGUAGUUAAUUGAAGAUUUUUUUUCAUAUUCGCAUUUAUCUGGGCAAUGUUGAGACUGGUAGAACUUGAUGUUUUGCCGAAUGCUUGGUAUCGUAAUUGAUCUUGUCUUCAAGAAAAGUAAAUGGAAAUGUGAAUGUGGUUUCUGACCAUUUGCUUGACAAAUGUUAUGGGGUUUUUUUCUUAAUCAACUCUUUUUAAGAAAUGACACGAUUUAUUGAUUAAUGAAUCGAUUUAUUAUUGACUUUGAAGUGAAACUAGUGGUUAUACUUAGUAAAUGGAUUUUAUUCCUUUGCUUAUGACAUGUUUUGGAAUAUUUGCAGAUACGAUACGCAUUUGAGCUAUUGACUAAUCCCUUGUUAAAAAGAGAUUACGACAUAUUUGGGGUUGAUGAGCAGCUGGUGAGAUUUGCUUUUUGUUGCAAAAUGCUUUGAUUUAGUUUUGUAAACUAGAAUUAAUUGAAAGGAUUCAGUGUUGACUAGUAUUUAGGGAUUUAUCCAUGUAGCUGGAAUGACUUAUGCAAUGUAUUUUCAUUAGCAUCUAGAUUACAUUUUUCUCGAAAUAGCUACUAUAGCUUUUAGGUGUGCCAAUGGGCUGAGGGGUAGAUAUUUUUAAAACUCAAGCCUGACCCACCCAUCCUCCGUGCUAUGUAAUGCUUUAUGGGGGUUGGAAAUCCGACAAGUUUAUUUCUAGGGUCAUUCAAAGAGUGCAAUCGGUGAGGGUCUGCCGGGGGGGCAAAUGGAAUAUUGUGUCUUGGAGAAGGCAUUGAGGUGAUGUCAGAUUAAGCGGCAUGAUGAGUGUGCUCGGGUUUGGGAAACAUGGUGGUCGCAGCAUGGAAAAAGGUGAUAAGCGGGGUUGGAGGUAUCAAAGGCCAGACCUGCCCAAGUAGUGGGACACACUGAGAAAAUUUUAAUUCUUGCAUUUAAUUUUCACGCCUAAAUUUGGAAAAAAUCUGGGACAAGUGUGCCUGUGUUCGGGCUUUUCUAUCCCGUUGACACCCCUUAUUAUUUAUGUGAUCUUGUGAUUUGAAUUAUUGCCUGCAGCAUAUUAUUGAAACAGUCAAAAAGCAAUAUGAUGGGAAGCAGUUUGCACAAGUACCCAUCCCUCUGCUAAACGUUUCUUUUUCUGGUAAUUAAGAUACUUUCAAUUUAUACUUUUUUAUCUUUACUUUGUGACAUAAAUUAUGUGGCAAAGUUCUUACUUUCUUCUUUUAUUCCUAUUUUCAUGUGAUCGAUGGACUAGAUUCAAUGGAAAAAGCUGAGGGAAAACUUACAUCAGAGGACUUUUUUUCUAGUGUUGGGAAAAAUGAGACAUGGCUAAUACAGGUGGUUACCAAAUUCUUUGGCAUUAAAUAUUUCAGCAACACCAGCUGUUGUGUCCAUCUAUUAUUCCAUGUUCAGUACCUGGGAAAACAUGAUCUGCUGGUCUUAUAGCUAGCUAUAUGAUUGGUUUUCUGUCUUCUACCGGCAUAAUUACUUGGGAUUAGUCCUUUAGCAUGUUCCAAAGAGUUUUGAUGGUAUACAACUCUGAUUAACUUUAUGAUCCAGGCUUACUCAGCAGGAAGCCACCGCUGUGCAAACUUUUCUAAAGCCUGGAAAAGAAUUUGUAAGUGUUUUGGACGAUGCCAAUCUUUCUGUUUUUAUUACAUUUUAUUCAAAUAAGUACUGAGAUUAUUGCAUCUCCACAAGUUCUCUAAAUCUAGCUGUACAAUCACACUGAGGUUAUUGCAUCUCCACAAGUACUGAGGACCUUCAUCUUGUCACACAUCAGAAAUUUAACUGUUUGCUGUAAACUAUAGGAGAUACAAUUUCAUGGCUUGAUGAGAUUGGAAAUCAAGUAUAUAAUUUUUUACUAUGAGUGGAUAUAAUUUUUCACCAAUCUGAGACACUCAAAAUCUGUGACCAACAAUAUUUUUGCGAAACCAAUUUAAUGAAGUUCCUCUACUUUAAGAUACAACGUGAUAGGAAGUGAGAGGUUGAAUAUGAUCCAGAGUGGACGCAAAUACCUUAAUUAUCAGUGUUGUUAAACAAGGUCUCUUUAAGGAAAGAAGGGAAGGUCACUCCACCUUCUCCAACAGAGUGGAAGUUAAGAACAAAAUCGUACCUUAAAUCCACGUGGCAUGAAUCUCAAUCCUCGAGUCAGGAAGUAUUGAUUUGGAUGACCUUUAACCUACAAAGAUCAGAAUAAUAUUCCUUGGUCCACAAGUGAAGAGAAAUCUUUAGAUAUAACAAAAGUUUUACCAAUCUUUGAAAAUGUGCUGCUACAAUGUGUGGACCUUUAAAUAAGCCGACAUUUUCUUCUCCUUAAAAGUAGGAUCAAAUAAUAGAACAAUAAAUAACCUCAUUAAAAGGAGAAACCAUACUGAUCUUAGGAGACUAAGGCUCUAUUCACGCUUUUGGAGCAUGCUAAGUUGGAUUUAAGCUUUAGACGUUUUGAGCCUUCAAAAAUUUCUGUUACAUUCAAAAUGGUCCGAGGUUGAAUCAUAUCAUUUUUUAUCUGUUCUUUCAAUGCAAAGGAUGAAGAAAGAAAAGAAAUAUUAUCUGUCCAGAAAUAAAUCCACAAUUCUAUUCUUUUCCCAGUUCUUUUAUGUCGCAGGGUUGAAACCAAUAAAUUUUUAUUAAUUUCUCAAUGUUUUCUAACAUUCAAUUUUCAAGUUCUUUCAUUAUUCGUUUUAUAACCAGAAUUAUUUUGUUAACCCAUUUUUUUUCUUUUUAAAUAGUUAAAAACCAUUUUCUCGAUUUUUUAGAAACUCUUAGAACUAGAGAAGCAGAAAAUGUUUUUUGCAGUUCUCUAAUUAUUUUUUUCUUAGCUCUUUCAAAAUAGGUUCAAACCCUAAUUGGAUUUUAUUUUUCCAUUAAAUGGAGCCGAAACAUGUUCGGCAGUACCACCAUUUGGGUCACAGUUUCUAGGCCUUCGUUUCUUGGAAUUAUGUUCUACAUCUCUCUCUAUCAAGAACAGGAAUAGUGUGUCUAAAAGCUCCUAUAUAUUUUGAGAACUCAAUCAAAUGAUUAUUCUUGGAAUUAUGUGUUGCUAUCAGAAGAUUAUGCUGCUUCUUCUCUGGAAGGGUUUCUUGUAUGUGGUAAUUGGUAUCACGUGAAACAUUUGACCAAAUAUUUAAAGCUAGUUACAUGGAGUCCUCUGUGCGUGGAUAACUAAUCCAGUAUUGUACGUGUAGAAGGUACCAUAGAAAAAUGUGAGGGGAAGCUAUCUGCAACUUAAAUAAGAAGAGGAAAGCAAAAGCCUAUCUUGAGGUAGAAAUAGAAGAAGUUCUUACAAGCCAGGACACAUUAAAGAAUUCAGGAAAAUGUUUCAUGAUCAUCAAAAUGAGAAAUGAGUCCUGGUGUUUUUUGAAUAUUUACUGCUUUCAUCGAAUCAGAAAUUUAGGUCCCACAUCUUAAUGUGAAGAAUAAAUAUCUGCCAGAAACUGACGAACCAUAUGCUUCAGUGCUUGAAUCUUCUGAUGCAUAGCUUCAAAUUCAUCAUUGGUGUAAAUUGUUCUUAAUCGGAGGAAGGUUGAUGAAAGUACCGUGAGAUUUGUGAGAACAGUAGGGAAGAAGUUGUAGAUGUAGAUAUGCAGUAAUAAAUUCUGUAUGGUUGUGAUACGAUUCCACCAGGAAAACUUGAUCCCGAGGGUAACAGGGUAAACAAAGGGCAAAAACAGGGUAGAAGGUGAAGGACAGACUAAAUCCCGAUGGAAUCCAGCCCACUGUGUGGGAGAUGGUUCGAGAGAUCUACCCCCCUCUCCUCUUACGACUCACCAAAAGGGGUGCCCUCUACAUUAUCGGGGAAAGACAUAUCCUAGUUUGUUUCCUAAAUUCUGGACCACUUUACUCAACCGAAAACCCUACUUAAUGAGGGCUUUUUUAGGUUUUUUUCCUUCUCGGACUGUAGGUUAACAGUGGGGGCGUAUCAGGUUGACAUGGCUACACAUGUGAAUGUUCAAUUUAUACAGAUACUGGUAUUGUAGAUACUGGUGGAAUGUAGUAUCUAUCAGUCAGGUGUAUCCAUUUUUUUUCCUCAUCUUUUGGAGAUGUGUCAUAUGUAUAUCUGUAUAUUAUAUUUGCAACGUAAGUAAUGAAGAUGGUCUGUUAAUAGAAUUAGUAAUUUCCGGUUGACUCAUAUGGUUUCCAAAACAGUUGUCCCUAAAGUGAAUUGAAUGUGCAUCUACCUGUAAAAGACAUGCACAUGCCAAUGCAUCAGCCUUAUAUGCACAACAGUCUAAACUAUCAUGUAAAAAGUGGGAAUAUGAAGCCUCAAUAAGCUUAGAUUCCUUGGUCAGAGAAACGCUCUCACUGAUUUCUAUUGGUAGUUCUAAAAUGACAUCACUUAGAAGUUCCUUGUGAUGAUCGUAUGAGUUAUCCAAACUCUUUGAUCAGUUCAAGUAUCCUACACCUCAUCUAAAACUCUUAUCCUCCUAAAAUUUCUACGUUUGUGCGGGGAUGCUAAGGCAUGUUGAUUCAUCAUGGACUUGUAUUCCCUAGUAAACUUGCAGUAAGAGAAGUUUUGGGCACAUUAUUGGCUCAGUGAGCCACUAAAAAUAAGUUAACUAUUGAUACAAUUUACAGGUUUUGUGCUUAGUGAUAUUAAUUCGAGUCUUAUAGUAGGUUCAGGUACCCUUAUUUUUCCUGUGUAUUAUAUGAUGCUCUAUUUGUUUUCAUUUUUUUAUUGAAAAUCCGUUAAAGAUAGGCUGUGAUCUUCUGCAGUCAAACUUUUUAUGACAAUGUAAAUGUUCUUAGGCACACUCAAUAUUCAGUGCUUGUUUCAUGUUGUAUAAAUUAUUUGAAGUAAAGGCAUUGUUUUGCUAUAAUAAGCCUUGUGGUUGUCUCAUUUCCUGUUCAUUAUGGUUUCCACCCCUCAUCAACAGCAAGCUUAUUGGAUGGAGUUGCCAACACCGGAAUUGUGGAGCUUGGUGAAGUUGAGUUUGCAUCAUUCUUAGCAGAAAGGAGGUCCACCGGGCAGCCAUUUUUCCGACAUGGUAGUUCCUUCAAAACAUAAAUCAUAGUCCUACCUGAUUAGUGCCAUCCCAGUAGACACUUGAAAAACAAAGGUGAAUGACAAAAAGUUAUGAAACGUCAAAAAUGAGCAAACUAUAAGCUGGAGACUUGAUACCAUAAGGAGAUUUAAUCAAGCUCACUUUCAGAUUGUAUUAACUUCAGUUGAAAAUUAAACAGACAUGGACAAAUUCAAUUAUCUCUUGCACAUGUCUAUUGAUAAAGCACCUUUUUAUAAAUAUUAGAUUCCAUAUGAUCUUGGAUGUAACAAACUGAACAUGUACUGAAAUUCUGAAUGUUUGGUUAACUAUGCUAUGCCACCCAUACCAGAUGUGUACGUUUAGUUGCUACAUUACUGUCUAGCCUAUGUUACUCCGUUGCAGAACAUGGGUUCAAAGGAUCAAAUUGUGGAGUCCAAUUGGUCACUCCAAUCCUGAUCCCAAUACCAAUCAGGAUCAUUUUCAAUUGUCAAAUCACUUCCAUCAUCCAUUGCCCAUAUAAUUUUGCAUCUGAAGUUUGUUCAAUUCUUUUCAGAACCAGAUGUAGGGGCUGCCAUAUAGUGUAGAAAGAGCAGGAAAAUCUCUCAUGCAUUCCUUGCAAGAAUUGUUUUUAAGCUAUGUAAUUGAAAGCCUUAAUGUCUAAGACAAAAUAAGCUUUUUUUGAACAUGCCUGUGAAUGAUUAAACUGACUCUAGGUUUAUUUGUUGGGGCUAAGAAUUUCGAAAGUUUAACUUUUGCUGAGGUAUGCCAUGUUUUCUUAGUUGAUGCUAUACCUUCUGGGUAGUGGGCGGUGACCAGUAUAUUUUCUCUUUAUCAUCAUCAUUUCCCAAUUUCGGAUAUUGUGUUUCAUUAGUGCUACAAUAAUAUCAUAACAAUGAUUCGACAAUUUUAAGGUCUCUUGAUAGUUUUUAUGGAAUGAUCAAAUAACCUUCAGUUUCAUUGUCUUAAUACUGCUCACUUGCGGGAUUCAACUUUAAUGUUUUCAGGUCCAAUUGAACGCAUAAACAAACCUUUGGAAUUCCAAUAGUAGCUUAAAAUAGAUCUCAACUUAAAUUAGGAUCCUUUCUUCGUUAUAUGUGAUAGCCACCUUAUUCCUGGUUAGUGAAAUGUUGUGAUUACGUUUUCAUUUUGAUUUUUCCUCACAGGCUUACCUGCCCUUGUUGCAUUUUCUCCUAAUUGUAGAAGCUCACGAUGUUACACGAGGUGAGUUGUACUCCAUUAUUUUAGAUAGCAAAAUAAUUUUGCACGACCUAUUUGAAUAUUGACCGGUUUUAGAUGCAUCUGCACUUCAAGAGUCUUUGUGCCUUUCCUUGGGGUAUUAUAGGAGACCAAACUCAUUUUUGUUACAUUCUGUGUUUAGAUACGAUGGUGACCUCUCAGUAGAUGCUAUUGUUGACUGGAUUGCAACAUCUAUACUUGGUUUGCCACGCAUCCUUUACUACUCAAGGGAAACACUGGUACUCUAAACCAUAAAUGUUUCUCACUUAUUUUGCUUGCAUAGACUGUUUCACAAUACUCGUGGAAGGCCAUCCAUUCACUUUAUUUUACUGGGUGAACUUUUAAAGUCGUUGACAACAACACAUUGAUAAUCCGAAAGCAAAACACAAGACCGUAUUGUGGAAAUGUAAAAGCAGUCAUUGCUGUCUGAAGUUCUGUGUAUUUCAUUGGUUCAUUCUGUUGCCCUUGUUCUUGUCCUUUUCAAGAUAUAUUGGAGGAGUGUUUUCCUUAUUUAGCCAUUUUCAAAUGGAAUCAAUCUUUUUAUUUCGUGGUGCAAUUUUUGACGUUUUUUUUUGAAAAUGUAUGAUGGAAGCCAUAAAAGGAUAAACUGUUGGGAAAAAAUCUCUUCUUCUACAUAAAUCAUAGAUCAAUUGCUAGUUGUUCACACUUACCUUGGGCACAAAAAAAGGAAACUACCUAGGUUAAGGAGACCAACUAGGAAACUAACAAACUAGGAAGCUGACGGGCUAGGUAACCGACAAAUGAGGAAACUAAAAAACUAGGAAGCUGACGGACUAGGUAACUGACAAAUGAGGAAACUAAAAAACUAGGAAGCUGAUGGAUUAGGUAACCGACAAAUGAGGAAACGAAAAAACUAGGAAACUGAGAAAGAAUUUUACGUUUUUUCCACUGUCAAUAGUAACACAGAAUCGUUGUCCAUUUAUAAAAGAAAAAGGAUAUUGAUAGGGUUCCGGAUUCCAGUGAAGAAACCAAAUAGAAAAUCAAUGAAACAGUAGCACAGGAAUAGAAAGUUGAUAGAGAACGAUAAACAGGGCUCCAUCGGAACCCUAGCUUUUUGGUGACCAUUUGAGAGGGUCACCGCCCUCCCCUUAGCAUCAAAAGACUCGAUUCCCCUUUCCCUCUGUUGAGAGCCCUAUUUCUAUCAUAAGUCCCCCUCCCUGGACAUUUGGUAAAAACCCCUUACACUCCCGCCUUGAACUCUUUUCCCUCCUACCCGAAAUAUAUUGUGUUGGAGCCAUAUUAGAUACAUACUAGUAUAUAUAAAACUCAUAUGGUAAAAGAGAUCUCAUAAACAAAAGUUAGAAGUCUGGGCUAAGAUGGUGCAUGGCCCUCAUCCAGGACUCUAAGAGUGGAAAGCUCACCCCUUUCAUGUGGCAAAAGUCGUUCAAUCUUGCGAAGACAAAAGGAAAAGUUUGUCUACCAAGGAUUUGGCUGCUAAAAUAAUGUAGUGUUUCAAAGGAAUUAUAAUUUUUUUACUUGCGUUACAUAUUCAUGAUUUUUAGUGAUCUAUUUGUUUUGAUUUUUCAUUAUGUAAUUUCAUGAUGCGAUUUCAGAUAAGAUUCUGUUCAUUUGAUUAAGCAUUUCUUAUCUUGCAUUUCAGGUGCAGAAUUUUAUCGCAAAAAGUGGACAGCAUAAGGUCUGGCUUCUAUUAUCCUUGUGUACAUAUCGGUUGUACAUGGAACUACUUUCUUCUUUCUUAUAUAUAUUGAUAUUAUGUGAAACUGUUAUGUUAAUGGUUGACUAUGAUUAUCACUUGUGACAACUUGAUUUUUUUUUUAUUAGAUGUCUAACUUGAAAAGACAAAUUGAAUGUGAACCUAGAUUCUUAAAAUGCAACAGAUGUACCCCUUGUCCUACUACAUUGACUUGUGGGUAGGGAAUUGGCUUCUCUCCAGUGCUUUAUAUUUUUGGAUCCAAUCAUAUGUUCAACUAUCCUACUUAUCCUCUUUGUCAUUUUGCAUUUCUAGUUGUAGUAUCCAUUGCUAACCAUAUUUAAUAAUACUUCUGGGUGGAUAUGUAUCCUCAAUGAGACCUCAAAGGCUAAUUUGUUCAUGAAACCUUUGGAAUCAUAUUUGGUCUGUUGAGGUGGCUUAAUACCAUUGUAAGGCUUAGCUUCUUCCUCGAGUGUUUUACCUCAAUGUCUGUAAAAAUAUGCAGGAUAAUUCUCUUUUAACCGAUUGCCUUUUUCUGCUAUUUGGAUCAUCUAAACGAAUUGUUUGGUACUGAUCUCUUUUAACAGAUUGUCCAAAUAUUUUGACAUAGUUAUUCAAAGCUUACUUUUGGUUCCAGGCCAUAAUAGCAUAAGUUUCAUCAUUGCAACCAAUUCCUUAAUUAGGUGUGUUGAUUAUAACCGUGAUUGGAUGGAACAAUUUAUUCCUAACCGCAGUGGCUGCCAGUCUCAACAGGCCGGAUUAUUUGAGGAAAUGGAUGGACUGUAUUCCAGGCCAUAAUAGAAGGCAGAAAGUCUAUAUUACGGAUUUAACCACAAGAACUGUACGUAUCACAACUCGGGGUUUGUAAUUAAGUCGGUUUUUCAGUCACAAUGUAGGAGAUGUUCUCCAGCUGUCGCUGAAAUUUCAUGAAAGACAUCUAGAGUUACAGCCAGUUAUGAGACAAUUGUCUCUGUAGGAGGUAAACAUGGGAAAGGACGCUGGGAGGGCAGUUUUAUUAGUAGAAUAUAAGAAAGAUGUUUUUAUUGUAUCUUAUUUGUGGAUGCCACUUACUAGUAGUGCCUUACGAUGGCAUGUUGCGAGAUUGAAAGGAAGAAAAUCUGUGAAAAUCGGGUGAGCAUAGCUUUUCUCCUGUGACGAGAGGCUUGUUUCAUUUAAGGGUGUCAUCCUGCCUUCCUAUAUAUUGUUUGCCAUUGUUGGUGAUCUCAAAGAUAGUAGAGCCAGGCUUAGAGGAUGUCAGAAGGUCAAUUGAGAAAGCAUAGUCAGAUAGAGAGAGUGGAGGGCUCAGUCUUAUCAAUAUCAAAGACUCUUCAAAUGGCACCAUUGUGCAAGUGGCUAUCAUAAUUGGGUCAAGGAUGGGGGUUAUCUCUAUAAAUGAUCACUUAAAUGUACUAUACUGCUAAUGUUAUCAGGUUGUCUAGCUGAAAAUUAAUUGGCAAUGAAUAGAUAAGCCCAUUAUAAAAUUGGCUUACAUUUACACUACCUAAAUAGAGUGAGCCAAACUUCAAAGUCAAUGUCCUCAUCCUACCUGUUGAAAGGUGAGUUUCAAGGAAAGAAAUCGGCCCAAAUAGAAAAGUAGAAGAAUGAUUGGAUAACCUGCCCUAUCAUAGAAGGCAAAGGUUAACUGUAGAUGGUCCCUUCGUUAAAUGACCAUUCCCCUUGAUUGAUGGCUCAAAUAUGGAGAUCUUUUUCCAUUAGUGAUGGGUACAAAAGGUUCAUAACAAUGAAUGGGUGCUUGACCUGUGUGACAUAUUUGGCAAUUUGGAGCGAGAAUAAUCUUUAUUUUUCAUUGCAAAGCUUCUUGCCAUAAAAGUAUAAUUGCUAUUUUUUAUGAUAGGGUGAAAGAGUGAUCUUAAAAUUUUCGUAAUGAGAAUGUUAGAAAUAAUUUUUCAUUUACUGUUUCGUCCUUUAUUUCUCUGUCCAUCGUACCUUGAAACAAAACAAUAGACUGAACUGGUUCAAAUUGAACCGGUCCGGUUUACCCUCUCCCGUUUCAUAACAGCUGGUCGGUAUAAAUACCAACCAACAUGUAAACAUUAGUGUAUGAUGAAAUUUAGGUCUUCGGCCUUCUUCUUUUCAUCUCUCUCUCUCUCUCGUGUUCACUACUAGCACAGACAAGAAGGAAGGGAGGUGUUCAGAGAUGAUCAAAGUCCAGCACGAUUUCUAACAAGAAAGGAUAGUUCUCAUUUAUUCUGAGGAUCAGAAGGAUAGCGUGACUUUUACCCUUUUGGUAUAAAACCCUUGAGUGAUUUGGAAUUCACAUGAAUUCAGUUUUCAUUCAACUAUGUAGGACAUGUAGUAAUAUCUGCUUCAAAAAAGUUUUGAUCUUGUGAUUUAUUUUCAUUCAUACUUUAUCAUUUCCUAGUUUUUUUAAUUACUAUUGUUGGGAUGUGUCCGAUAUACUGUUUACUAUACCUUACGUUUUUUGUAGUUAUAUAUGCUUGUGUGUCUAGAACCUUCUGUGGGUUUGAUAUAAAUAUCAGACCUUGCUUCCUUUGUAUGUGAGUUUUUUCCUUUUAUCAAAUAAUAUAAGUUUUUCUCUCCACGGGCGUUGUGAUUACUUGUCAAUGCACCAGAUCAGAUUCAAAUCUUCUACAUGGUAUUAGAGCGAAUCUAGGUGCAAUUUUUCCUUUCUCAGUGAUCUAUUCUCCCACAGUUACGGUUAAAGUACCGUUUUUCCUUCAUCUCUAUUGAGAUCUGUUGAUAGAAUACUAGAUCUGGUGACUACUGGAUCUAUGCUCCUACAAUUAUGAUUCUUGUACCAUUUUUUUCUUCACCUCCAUUGAGAUCUAUUGACCAAAUACUGGAUCUGGUGAAUCUGGUCGUUUUCUUGAAAUGACAAAUGUGGGAGAUAUUUCUUGAUCCUCUAUGGGAGAUCCUUUUUCCAUGAGGGAUUCUAACCUUGGUCCUAGUGGUCCAUGAUUACUAGUAGAACUCCGUGCGAUGCUUGUGGAGUUCAAAUUAACUAAAUAUAAUUUGAUACAAUGGUCAAGAUAUAUUUGAAAGGUUCUAACUAGAAGAGGAAUAUUACAUCAUUUGGUGGAGGGGUAACUAGAUCCCUUGUCCCAUGAACACCCUAGAUGGAGAGACGAGGAUGCAUUAAUCAAGAUUUGGAUCUAGGGAAUGAUGAUUCCCCAAAUUAGUUGAGAUUUUUUCAUCUUAACUAUAGUUAUAGAUUUGUGGGACAUAGUUCACACAAAUUGUCACAUAAAAAUAAUAAGACUCAUUUAUAUAAACUAUAUAGUUGACCAGACAUCUCAUAUGCAGUGAGUAUAUUAAGUCAAUUUAUGUAUCAGUCAAAAAAAAUCUCAUUUACAUGCAGCCUAUCAGGUGUUACAUUACUUGAAAGGCACACUUGGUAGAGUUCUCUUCAAAUGAAGUGAGAAGGUAGAAGUUGAAAUGUUCAAAUGCAUUGAUUAUGUAGGAUCAAUGAUUGAUUGAAGAUCAAUUUCUGGACAUCUCACAUUUAAUAAAGGUAACCUUGUUACUUGGAGAAAUAAAAAAAGAAUGUGGUUACACAUUCAUGUGCUGAAGCUACAUUCAAGGUACUUGUCCAAGGUGUAUGUGAGUUACUAUGAGUAAAGAAUUUACUUGAUGAGCUAAAAAACUCUCUAAUUAAUCCUAUGACACUUUAAUGUGACAAGAAGUCAGCAAUUAAUCUUGUACAUAAUCUGGUACAGCAUUAUCGUACCAAACAUGUGGAGAUUGAUCGUCAUUUUAUCAAAGAAAAGAUUAGGACAAAUUUGAUAUGUAUGUCAUACAUCUCAACAAACAAUCAACUGGCAGAUAUGUUUACUAAAUGCAUCUCAGGCGCACAACUACAGAAGAUUAUUCUCAAGCUGAGAAUAGAAGACAUCCACUCACCAGCUUGAGGGGGAGUGUUGUUGGGAUGUGUCUAAUAUACUGUUUAGUAUACGUUACGUUUUUUGUCGUUAUAUGUCUGUGUCUAGAACCUUCUAGGGGUCUGAUAUAAAUACCAGACCUCGCUUCCUUUGUAUGCAAGUUUUCAUUUUUAUCAAAUAAGAAAAGUUUUUCUCUUCAUGUGUUGUAGUUACCUUUCAGCAUACUGGAUCAUAUUCAAAUCUUCUACAAUUACCAUUUAUUCUGUUGUUGAAUAUUUCAGAAUAAAAUCAUCUUCUUCUCAAAAACGGGAGAACGUGCUGCUCCUUCUUUGCGCCAAACUGCCAAAGAUUAUUCGGCUUAUGCUGCUUUUGCAUUUGUCCUGUGGAAAGAAGAAGAAUCUUCCAUGUGGUGGAACAUGUAUGCUGUCUACACAGAUUUAUUGGGUUUUACUGUAGAUUUAUCCUCUUACCAUUUGCUUGAUGAGAAUGAUGUUUUUCAAACAAUGUUUUUAUUAAACCAUUUAUGUUAUGAUUGCAAGGGAUUUUUUCUUAUAAUGUUGGAAAUUUUAUGAAAGUUCAGCAUUGAAUCUUUUUACUUGGAAACCUUAACACCUAGUGCUUCAUGACUAUGUGUCUUAAGACUAUGUGUUAGCACCAGCAUUCUGUUUUGAAAAGUUUCUGGUUCUUAAAAUAAUGCAUCUUAAUUGACUAAUGGUAAUACCUGCUUGCUUGUUAUUCAAGCUAUAUGCAUUAUCUAGAUGCAAGAAAAAGAAAAUUCAUAUUCCAGAAUUCGUCUAAUUUUAAUAGAAACGAGCGUUGGCUAGCUCAUAUUCUUUUUUGCUUGGGAAUUCGUCCCAAAUGAAGGACACCUUUUUUGUCACAUCAUAAUCUGAACUUUUGUUUAAGUAUUUGACAAGUUUUUAAAGGUGGUCUUGUCAAAAGUUGGAUGAGAUCAGUUGGUAGGUUGACAUAUCCAUAGCUUCAAUAGCAGAACAGGUUCUUGACGAAAAAGGAGAAUUAUGCGAAUUUUGGUGUCUGCUUUCAACAGAGGGGAGUAAGCAUGUGAUGAGUUUUACAGACAGAUAAUUGUCUAUGAAGAGAUGAGAGAGAGGGGGGAAUGAAGGAAGAAAGGAAGAACGAAAAAUGAGCUGAUCUAUUCCUGACACCAGAUCCCUUAGGGACCCCCAGUGAGGAUGACAUCAGGUUUACUAUUAGUCAAAAAAAGUUGUUCAACUCUGUGAUCCUUAAACUCGUUUCCAGUUUGAUAAGAUGUGUAUGGUGUAUCUUGGUGCACCGAUCCUGCAACUGUUUCUGGUUGAUACCAUUGAUGGUCUGUAAAGUUGGAUUGGGAAACGUGGAACAGCUGGGAAUGGUACAUUACCGUGGUAUAUACAUACACUUGACAUAUCUAACAAGACUAUAUUGACUCCUUUUAACAAAUGUUUAUGGCUGAUCUGCUUGCAUGUGUUGGUAACAACAUUUUCAUUUAUCUCUUAUCUUAUUGCCAGGCUUGAAGUGGAGUCAGCACCUGCUAUUGUUGUUCUAAAAGACCCAGGUGUAAAACCUAUGGUUUAUCAUGGUACGCUCCAUGCUCAUUUCGUUUUCAUUGUUUCAUUUUAUGACUUUUAGAGUUUAAUUUGCAUUUAUGUCAAAAUUUUAGGGUCAUUCCAUAGAUCUUGGUUUGCGAAUAUCAUGGAGGAGAACAAGCAUCAAGGUAAUAAUACUUUCUCCAUUUGAUUGUGAUAAACUAGUACUACAUUCCCUGUUCCUUUUCUUAGUUUUGUGAGCUAACUUUCGUAAUUAGCGGUCCAUAAUGGAUAAGACCCUUCAUAAAUUUUAAACUACGGUUGUAGUCCUUGAAAUGUUUAUCUUAGGUUUCAAGUUUUAAUUCGAGGCCUUUUGGCUAUUUAUGCAGGUAUUUGCACAUAGUCCCUGGAAAAUGGAUGACUUUCAUUUCAUGUUGAUUUUCUGUGUAAUGGCUUGUUUGAUCGGAAUUCAUAACGAUUUGCGUGGAUUGAUAUUAAUCACUUCUCCUUUCUCUCACGCUGCACGGGUCCUCCACUUUAGUACCAUCUGAAUAUCAAUCACCUAGUAGAAUUAAGCACUGAUUGCUUUGGUUUUUUGUGAAUAAGAAGACACUUCCUUCAACACUUUGUUAUCAUUUGUACAAUUUUAUUUGUUUACAGUUUUCAAACUCCUUGAGAAUGCAUUUAUAUAAAUGUAUUCCAACACCUUAACACUUUGUCAUCUUCUAGUCCUAUGGUUUCCGCUUGAAAUUGUACCAUAAUUCUUGUGGCAUACUCUUUCCUUCACUAUAAAUAACAAUAGGAUAGGAUAUCUGUUUAUUGUACGUGCAUACCCUUUAUCUUCUGGUGAGUCUGAAUGAAAAACUCUAAUCUAUUUCUGAUCUUUUAGUUGUUAGGCUUUAGUAACCAAGGUAUUUCUCCUUGUACAAUGAAGGUGUGCUGAUGAUUCUCCACUUGCAUUGAUAACUAAUUUGGAAGAGGAUACUGAGAUAAGAGGAAGCUAUUUUUUUUUUAUCAAAGCAAGCUAGAUACUUUUUCAUCUAUGAUUAGGACCAUCAUGGAGGAUGCAAAAUUGAUAUCUGUCAUUUAGGUUUUUCUUUCAAUAUUGGUUCAGUCAACUCAAAAUAAAUUCACAAUGACUGCUUUGGGGUCAAUUUUGUUUAAUCACAUGAUUUCUAUCUUGCCAACUAAUGUGAGAUUAUUUUAUCACGUCUUUUGACAUUGUACUUUUUUAGGUUCUGUCAUUUUUACUCAGCCCAAAGACAAACUCAUAUUGAUGCAACGAUUAGAGUAGUAUUUGCCAAAAUGUGGAAAAAAAAAAAUUAACACAAUUCUUUUUGGAGUUAUGCAUCACGUCCAGCUACAUAAUCAUAAGAAGUUAUUUAUGGGCCUCCAAAAGCAAUUCGUUGUUUACCAUGCAGAUCUUCCCCAGUUACGAAGCAUAACAUCUAUGGAGCUUGGAUGUGAUGCUAUGGGCCAUUCUCGCGCUGGUAACAGUACUUUGGCCUGGUAUUGUGUAGUUGUUGCUGGAAGGCCAAGUUUCCAAUUGAAUAUUAUGCGUGAGGUAAGAAACUUCUAUGAUGCUUUGGAUUCAAUUGAUCUUUUGUAUUAUUGUUAUAUUAGAUAUUAUUGGUGGAUUCUUGUUCAGUUACAUUUUUUAACCUUUCUCUUUCAUAGUUUAUUAUAUGUGUGCCUCUGACAUUUCCAUAGACCCUCCGCAGUGUCAGAAAGAUAUUAAUGAAUGAUACUGAACCUGAUUUUGCCCACGAGAAUGCCCUUCAAUUUCCAUUAUCGGCAGCUAAUGCACUAAAAGAAAGUCGUUUGACUUUUGCAUGGCUUGAUGGUGAAACACAAAGUGUAAGUUGCCUUGUUGCAUUUUUCUUUUGCUUGGUUUGGCUUGAGGAUACCUAGCUCUUUCUUGUGGAGUUAGGAUCCUAUCUGUAUACCCAUAUUCUGAUUUCUUUGGCAUCCUUAAAUAGGCUUGUAUCAACCCAUUAUGCUUUUUGGUUAGUUUUCGAAUGCUUUCACUUAUUCCAAGCAAUAUUACUGUAAGUAGUUCAGAAAGGGAGAAAACUACAUGUUGCAGAAGUUUUCACAAAAAAUGCCUUACUGAUGUGAUUCGACCUUUUAGAUAUCAUAUAAAUUUCUCAUGAGUGGCAUACAUUAGCAUCAAUUGCUCAUGAUCACAAUGCAACAGCUGGACACGAAACAUUAUGUCUAUAUGAUAUCUAACAUAAACCAUAUAAGGGUAAACAGUCAGGAAAAAUCUCUUCUGCUACUCAAAUAAUAGUACAAUUUCUAGUUAUAUAUAUUUACCAUAGACACAAGAAAGGAAACUACCUAGAUUAGGGAAACUUACCCAACUAUAGAACUAACAGACUGGGAAUCUAACAAACUCAAAAACUAACAAACUAGGAAACUAACCGAUAGAAACUAAUUCCUAACUAUAUGUUUUUCCCACACUUUCCUUCAAGUUGGUGAAUAGGCCUUUUCCAUUCCCAACUUAGAUAUUGUACUCAAAAAUAUUGUACUUAAUCCCUUAGUAAAUACAUCCUCAAGUUGGUGAUGUAUAGAUGCAUAAGGUGUACAAGUUAAUCCACUCUCUAAGUUUGAUGUCUGUCAAUCUCGAUGUGUUUUCUUCAAUCAUGUUGUACUGGGUUGUGAGCUACACUAAUUGCAGAUUUUUAUCACAAUUGAAUCUCAUUGGGCUAACCCCAUUUAAUCUUCAGUCUUCUAAGAUGAUCUUCAACCAAAGUAGCUCACUCAAACCUUGUGGCAUUCCUUGGAAUUCAGCCUCUGCACUAGACUAUGCUACCACAUUUAUUUCUUACUUCUCCCUAUCAUGAGAUUACCACUAAGAAAGGUGUAAUAUUCUAAGGUUGAUGUUCUAUCAACUAUUGGUCCUUCAUAGUCAGUAUCUUUGUAUGCCUCAAAUACCAAUCUUGUGUUUCUCUUGAACAGAAUCUCUUUUCCCGGUGUCCCUUUGAGAUACUUCAGCACUCGGUGAGUUGCCAGCAAAUGUAUUUCCUUUGGACUCUGCAUGAGCUGACUAAUCAUAAUUAGUAAGAUAUAUCUUACUAUCUGCUGCCACAUCUUCAUCUGUCUUUCCUAGUCUACGAUUCGGAUCUAUUGGAGUACUUGCUGGUUUGCAUGUGGUCUUUUCUGUUUCUCUAUGAAGAUCUGUAACAUACAUUUUCUAGGAAAUGAGAAUGUCCUGCCAAGAGUGAGCUAAUUCAAUCCUAAGAAAAUAAUUUAGUUUCCUUAAUACUUUAAUUUCAAACACAGCCAAACACUGUCUCAGGUACUGUCUCUUUUUGCCCUACUUUCCGAUUAUUGAUAUGCCAUCAACAUAGACCAAAAGUACUAAACUUUCCUUGAGGAUGCGUGUUUGAUGAACAACAUGUGAUCCCCUUGACUUUGUUUGUACCCCAUUACAAUCAUAACUCCCGCAAAUUUACCAAGCCAUUCCCAAGGUGAUUGACUGAUUCCAUACAAUUCUUAUGAGUAGAGAAGGGGAAAAGACUUUGUGAGCAGCCAAAUUAUUCUCAUAACCUAGUGGACCUCCAUUUAAAUUUCUUCAUCUAGUCACUGUGCAAAAAUGCAUUUUUAGUGUAACUGCUGCAAUUCCCGGUCAUAAUUACUUAUUAAUAACAAUAUGAUUCUAAUAGUAUUCAUCUUUGCAAUUGAAGUAAACGUCUCUACAUAAACAAUUCCAUUGGUUUGAGUUUAUCUCUUGAUAAUCAGCCUAGCCUUGUAUCUCUCUAUUUCACUGUAUAGAACCAUUUACAACCAAUGGGUCUCUUCUGCUGGCAACCUUACUAACUCGCAAGUUUUGUUAUUCUCUAACACCUCUAUCAUCACGUCAUAACUUGUUCAUUCCUUAUUAAACACCAACAGGAUGGCAAUGGUGUUUAAACUAACAAGAAAGGCUCUUUUAAAAUGUUUAAAGAACAAGAAGUGUGCAUGAGGAUAUAAAAUUCGUUUUGUGCAUUCUCGAGUAUUUUUGCCUAAUGGUAAUAAAACGAUCCUAGUUUUUAUUGCUCAUAUGCAAUUUAGUUUCAGCUUGCAAUGGAGGAUUCGAAACUAUUUUAUCAUUCUUAGGAUCUAUGUUUGUCCUACCUUGCUUAUCAAUAUUAUAAAUUGUUAGAUCCUUAUAUUGCAGAUGUUUCAGAAGGCUCCAUAUAUCAGUGACAGUCGAAUACAUGCUGAAAUAAAACCAGUACUGUACAAACAAUCCAGCUGAUAAGUAAAACAUAUCUUUCAUCUAUAUUCUCAAUUCACUCUCUUGCGUACUAUUAGGUUUUUUUCUUAACCAUCGAUGUAUCCCCAUAAAACCUCUUUUAAACCAGGAUACCAUUGAUGAAGUAUGUGAGGAGUUGAAGGAGAAAUUCGACUACCUUAUAUAUUCCUAUCCACCUCAGAUUUCCACUAUUACUAUUCACCCAUAAUACAGCAUCACAAUGUAAAUUCCCAAAGGAAAUAAUGAUUACCAUUCAGGCACGUAGGAAUAACCCACAUCUUUGUUUGGAUAUCCAUUGAGCAGUAAAUUCUAGAAACAAAGUUCAGGCAAUCCAUGAUUUGAAACAAUGAGAGAUACAUUGGGGAUCAUCUUGUAGCUUGAAACAAUGAGGAAACCGUAGAGUUGUCUAGAAAUAUGUUUUCCAUGAUCACGAGAUAGAGCAAUUGAGGUCUGCACCAAUGUCACACCAAAAUAUUGGUGUUGGAAGUUCUAAGUCAUAAGGAAAUACUGUAAAAGACUAAGGGUAUUUUGGAAAGUUGUGUAGGGUUUCUCCCUAUAUAAUGGGUAAUGGGUGUUAGAGGUGGAUGAAUCUUGAGACGGUUGUUCACUGUUCUCCCCUCUGUACUCCGUGACAGAGGUCAUUCUCUCUAUGCCUAUUGGAAAACAUGCUACUAGAGCAGCUUUGUUCCUCUAGCGCUUCAUUUUCAUGUGCCAUUUGAGGCAUAUUAUCUUUCUACCAUUUAAAGGCGUGUUAUCCUAUCAUUUCGAGCAGGUUUUCUUUUCGCCAUUCAAAGCUAGUUCUCCUUCUGUCAGUCCUCUAGUAGUGACGAUGAGUUUUCUUCCUGCUGGAGGUAAUGUUGCUCCAGAGUGAUCUUUGUCUACCAUUCGACAUAAUAUCCGAAUUCAUCAGUAGCUCCCAAGGAAUUUAAAAUUAAAGGUAUGAGUUGUUUAAGAUACUUCUGGCGUGACCAGAUCUGACAAGAGCAUCUACAUUUCUUAAUGAAACUAUGUCCUGGACUUGUUGAAAGAGCUUUGGAAAAUGAGGUACAACCAUGAAAAACUCCAGUUACGGUUUGAUAGUGUGAUCGAGGAAGAUAUCAAAGUUGUUAUAAGCUUGGUUAUCUUUUCCCAAAUGUCUUCUGGCAAUUCUCAAAUGAAUAAAAAGUUGUCGAUUGUCAUAUUCAAUUUUUUCGUUGAGUUGCUCUCUUGCAUCUUUGAUUCUUAAAUUUUAGUGCCUGCUUACCUCCCAUGUCAUACUUUCUGGCUGCUGCAUAAUUCUGAUAGGAUGGGAAAGCACAUUCAUUGCCAGAUGCACAUGUUAUACUGAAACCAAAAGCUGUUAUUUCAGUAUUCAGAAAUAAGCUGGUCUAGCAAUAAAGAAGGGCGUCUGAAAUAUUAAAAUAGCAUUAACUACUCAUAGCCACUCAGGGUAUUUAACCAAUAUUCCAGUUACUCUCUUUAGCCUUUACAAAUUGUGAUUUAUAUGCGUCACUUAUUUGUAGAUUUCGUAAUUAGGGAUACACACAAUUGCUAGUUCAAUUGGUUAUCGAUACACUUGUGGAAGUUCUUGACUACUUCCUACAAGGUUGAUGCAAUCUUAUUAUGAUCUGGUAAAAACCAAUUAUGUCUAGUGUAGUAGUCACUAUAUUGGAAUACUUAUUUUAUCAUGUUAAUUCUUCUGUUGGGUUUUGCUGUUACUUUCCUGUGGACAAGACAAGAACUGUCGAAAUGGAGUUCUGCAUUGGAUUUAUUUUUAUAUUCACCCCUAAAAAGUACUGUCGCCAGUCACUGAUCAUUGAGCUAUCAUGUUAUUGAAAUAAAUCACCAUCUUCUUACGAGUAUUAUUUGAUCAUGAGAUAUCUUAAAUGUAAAUCAUAGCAUUGCCAUGUUCCCAUCUCACGCACUAGUGCCACAUUUCUCUGCAGAAAUACUGUUUCUUCUACCUUUAUUUAGAAAACAGUUAUGAAACAUGUGGACCCAGAAGGCAUGGAGAUCCCAUUGAUGUACCUAAGCUAUUUAUUGUUCGGUAUAGAAGAAAUUCGACAGAAAAUAGUCUAAAGCCGACGAAGAAGGUGAAGAGCAUCUGGAACAGAUUCGAAGAUGAGGAUGUGAACCUGGCAUCACAGCUCGUGGCAAGAUAUAAUGGUUCAGACAACCUUUAUGAGGUAUAGAAAUUUUAGUUUGGUUUUUCUCUUAAACAUAUGAUAGAAGUGUAUUGGCUGAUAAAUUCUUGUCAUAUUAGUUUCAUUCAUUUACAGGACUACGAUGAUAUUUAUUUCUUUGAUAUUUUGAUAUGCUCAAGCAGAAAUACAAAUAAUUGACCAUGAGUGUUGUAACCUAGUUAUAUUGUAGUGACGGCCACAAAUGAGGAAGUGAAGCUUAAAAUUGACGAGAACAUAUCAUUGUAUGAAAAAUGCCUUCAUCAUAUUUACUCCAUGUUAUGCAAAAUGACACUAGAAUGCAGUCUAUAUUUUCCAGAGGUCCUGCAUGAUGAUUGGUAUUUAUGUGAUUAAGAUGGAGUAGUCAACUUUCUCUAUCCCGACCUAAACUUAUCAAUGUUUGUCAAGCACAUGUGAGCUGCUGCACCUGCCCCACCCAUGACCAUGUUGUCUGAGAUUGGAUGUUUUUGCAUGGGAACAGCUUUCGCACAGAACUAUUAAGAAAAAUCUCUAGUAAAACGAAGGCAUUCAACCUUUGUUUUCGUUAGGUUUUGAAUCUGUGGUUGGAAUCUUGUCACUUGCCGAAGAUAAGGCUGUUUUACAGUUGUUUUCUUUGGGGCACUAGAUAUUUUAUUUUCUUUGGGGCGCUGUUUUACUGUUUUACAGUUAUUUUCUCUCUUUUUCUUUUCUAAGAAAGAAUCUAGUAUUUAAAUAUGUAUGGUUGAGUUUUUUUUUGUUUUCUUAUGCAAUUUGUUUCAACUUCGCUUUCUCUCUCUCUGACUUGUAGGUUAUCAAGUGGAUCUCGCAGAUAAUAGAUGAUGGAGACAACAGGAAUCUUCCUUACUUUGUAAGUGGCAUUUUAUAUUUCACAUUUCACAUUUCACGUUUUAGUACAAAUUAAGCCUUCUUCUUUAAAGAGUUUCGUAUUAUUAUAUAGUCCUUUUUGGUUCAACCAGUCAUAAUUUGGAUGCCCCUCUUGUUGGACGACUAAUCAUUUCAGUCAACCCUUUAUCAAUCGGUAAUUGGGAUAAGCAUUUUCAAUAGGCAUUCAUAAAUUUGCCGAGUAAGAAGACCUGAAAAAAAUAAGUGGAUGAAUCAUGGCCAUCGGUCACAUUGAGUCUGAUUCAAUUGUGUUAAUUAUUAAGCGCGUUAUUGAUGAGCUUAUCUUUCUGCUGACCCCUCACAUCUGAAAGUAAGAUUAGCCAGUGAUGAUACAAUAUAACGUGACUUACCCUUCAAGAUAAUCCUGAUAUUCCUAAUGAAAUCAAAUUGGGUUUUGAAAAAAGCUAUUUGGGUGUUGUUCUGGUGUACGAUGGGCAAGAACUAGCCAAUGCACCUUUUGAAGGGGGCCUCAGUACAUAAAAACAAUACUCUAUGACAUCACUGUACCUUACAAAAUGAUCAGGAUGUGCUCAUUUUUUAACAUCCCCAUUUAUCACACACAGCUAUGUAGUCUUGAACCGUGGGCAUCUUUCCUCAAAGGAGAAGCCUAUCGGGCCGUGUUCACCACUGAUUUUCCUCCUGUUCCAGAGGGCGAGGACUCCUGAGCUUGUCCCAGAAGACAAUGAUCCAACAUGGCCGAAUGCCUGGCACACGAUUUCGAGAGGCUGGAGGCUGAAAACGAAAUUACAGGACAUCAUUCAAAACGUGUACAGUCACACGGCAGAUCCCAGGCUUGGCCCUCUCUUCAUGCUGGGAGCGUGCAUCUCAUUCAGCACCAUUUGGCUGCGGAAUGGUGCGGGAACUCGGCAGACAGAGGUGAAAAUUUGUCCCUAAUAUAUGGUAUCUCAGCUCCCAUCUCUUCUGGAUCCUUUUUGAAAUGCAUGCAAGCCCAGUAACUUGCUCACCAAUUUCUCCAGGAUGAAGAUGACACCAUGGUGAGAAGACACUAUGCAGCAGCCAUGCAGGCAGAGCCAGCAGAUGCCCGCCAGAUUUUGUCAACUGAUUCUGAUUCGGAAUGA